CAUUUCACCCUAGAGAAAGAAUGUUGGCAAAGAUCACUACCACAUGGAAACUGCUCUUAAAGCUGUUGGGCCCUGAAAUUUUAUUCAGCAGUUUGAAAUCAAGCCACAGCUUUCCUCCUUCACCCUCCCACUUUGGGCUAAUGUACAGGCAUGAUCAUCUAUUGAGGAAAACCACAAAAAACUUCAAAACAGCUACAACGGGAAAAAGAGUUUUGUCCCACAGUCAGCAGGCCACUAGUUUAUUAACUUCCAGUCACCUUGAUUUUUGCUAAAAUGAAGACUCUGCAGUCUACACUUCUUUUGUUACUGUUUGUGCCUCUGAUAAAGCCAGCACCACCAACUCAGCAGGAAUCACGCAUUAUCUAUGAUUAUGGAACAGAUAAUUUUGAAGAAACCAUAUUUAGCCAAGAUUAUGAGGAUAAAUACCUGGAUGGAAAAAAUAUUAAGGAGAAAGAAGCUAUGAUAAUACCUGAUGAGAAAAGUCUUCAAUUACAGAAAGAUGACAGUAUAACACCAUCAUACCCAAAGAAAGAAAAUGAUGAAAUGCCCACAUGCCUGCUGUGUGUGUGUUUAAGUGGCUCUGUAUACUGUGAAGAAGUUGACAUUGACGCUGUGCCACCCUUGCCAAAGGAGUCUGCCUAUCUUUACGCACGAUUCAACAAAAUUAAAAAGCUGACUGCCAAAGAUUUUGCAGACAUACCUAACUUAAGAAGACUCGAUUUUACAGGAAAUUUGAUAGAAGAAAUAGAAGACGGUACUUUUUCAAAGCUUUCUCUGUUAGAAGAACUUUCACUGGCUGAAAAUCAACUACUGAAACUUCCUGUUCUUCCUCCCAAACUCACUUUAUUUAAUGCAAAAUACAACAAAAUCAAGAGUAGAGGAAUCAAAGCAAACGCAUUCAAAAAAUUGAAUAACCUCUCCUUCCUCUACUUGGACCACAAUGCACUGGAAUCUGUGCCUCUUAAUUUACCAGAAAGUCUACGUGUAAUUCACCUUCAGUUUAACAACAUAACUUCGAUUACAGAUGAUACUUUCUGCAAAGCUAAUGACACUCAUUACAUUCGGGAUCGCAUUGAAGAGAUACGCCUGGAGGGCAAUCCAAUCGUCCUGGGAAAGCACCCAAACAGUUUUAUUUGCUUAAAAAGAUUACCUAUAGGGUCAUACUUUUAACCACUAUCAAUACAGCAUACAAGUAAAGUACACACAUACUUAUAAUCUGUCUCAACAAUGUCUAAAGGAACAUAAAUAUUGGUUUAGUAUUAACUGUACCCUACUAUAAAGGGAUUCUAUGUUUUAAGCAAGGAUGUUCGAAAAUCUUAUUUGUAAUAAGUAAAAAGUAAGACUGAAUCUUUAAGUUCAAAACAACAUAAUGUGAAAAUAUUUAAACAGCAUUACAAAAGCCUUCUAAUUUACACUAGACUACCAUUUAAAAGGCACGUUUUUAUAUAAAUACCCAAAUUUGAGAUGCAUUAUUCCUGUUACUAAUUACGUAAGAGGAUAAGUCCAAGAAGCUUUCAACUGUUCGUCUUUCCUAACCUUUAUUGUAUUUCAAGCACUUAAGGCAGACAUUCCAAAAAUUUAAAAAAACAAAAUAUUUCCAGUGACCUCCCAUUUUUCUAUGAUUCAUACAUUAUGAAGUAGGAUUUUUUUCUCCCUGUCAAGGCAGCUACUUUAUUAUAUUUUCACUAAGCCUGAGAAAUAGGGUAUCAUCUCAUCUCAUACUUAAGUAAAAGUUUCCAAAUAAAGUAGAAUUUUACUCUGAUAAAAAGCUAACAUAGAAAUGUUCCAAGUUAUUCCACUUUGUGGUCACACAGUUAAAAUCUUAAAAUAGUAAAAAAAAGUUUCUUUUAUCCAAAUAUUAACAUUCCAAGUCUAUCAUAAACAUUUUAAAAAGUCAAGCAGGCCAAAACCAGUAUACUUACAAGAAAAAAAUCAAAAGACUAUCAUUUCUCUGAGAAUAGUCAUAAGGUUCUCCACUGUAAAAGCUUUCAAAUAUGAGAUAAUGAUAAAAUAUUUUCUUUUUACACUGUAGAAAUGAGAAUGUCAUCCAUAAAUGUAUCCAAACAUAAAAAAAAACAAGGUAUAUUCUGUGGUGUUACUGUGCACCACUUUCCCACCUUACCCAUGUGUACCCAUGUUCACCCAAACAAACUGAAUAUUCACAAUAAAGCUUCUGAGCACCAUUUCCUAAAUACCCAUGAUGAACUGAUAGGUUUAAUGGUGAGAAUCCACUCUCCAGACUAAUAGUGAUAAUUUAUGAUGAUUCAAUGCUGCCAGAUUAAAGUUCCUAAAAUAACUUUGCUCUUACCUAUACUCUAAUCAAAAAUCUUAGUUUACACAUUACUUUAAAGUUAAAUACAAAACAAUCAGUGUUUUAGAAAUAUAAGUCUGAUCUGUAUAUAUAAAAGUACCAGCAUUAUUUCCGUUAUAAAUUAUACAUGGAAUCAAGUUGGUCUCAGUGAACACAUAUUUCUUCCCAUUUUUAAGCAUUUGCUUGUUUUUUUUCCCCCGACCUAAAAUGACCUCAUACCUGUUUUUCAAUUAUCCCCCCAUCGGUAAAGGUUGACCUCAAGAUGAAAUUUUUUCAUUCACUUAUUUGGGAACUACCAAUCAUAACUAUUAUACUGCUUUCUCAUUAUUUUGUGUGCAUGCCUCAUUUCUCUGUGAGCACUUUAUACUUUCAAAGUGCCCAGCACAAUAGUGAGCACAUUUGAAUUGAAUAUACAAUAAAUAUUACAAAAUAAAAUCCAUCUAAAUAGAAA